AUGUCCACCAAAGCACACUCUGGCCAGCCCAUCCUGGCACGGGGUUGGGGUUCCCUUGGGUAUGAAGGUGCUGGAGGGCUCCAGCAACUUGGCGUGAUUGUCCUCAAGCCUUGA